UGUAGGCCUUUCUUUUCUCCUGAUAUCGCUCGCCAGUCGCUCUGUGCAGAUGUCUCUGCUUUCGGCGUCCGCUCCGAUUUCUGCCCAUCCGCUCCGAUUCAAGAGAUGGGCGAUUCCGACUCGGGCGAGUCGAUUUUCUUCGCCUCCGAUUCAGAAGUGCUUGUGUAGAAUUAAAGUCAGAUGCAGUUACGCCGCAGCGAAUAUAAGUGAGGACUUCUCAGCUGCUCCAAUAGAUGUCGUGGCUGAUGUGAAGAGUGAAAGGAUUGUGGUCUUGGGGGGCAGUGGUUUUGUUGGUUCUGCAAUAUGCAAGGCUGCAAUAUCCAAGGGCAUAGAAGUUGUCAGCCUGAGCAGGUCAGGGCGGCCUCCUUACACAGAUCCAUGGGUCGACCAGGUCACAUGGAUAGUGGGUGAUGUUUUCUAUGCGAGGUGGGAUGAAGUACUCGUUGGAGCUACUGCAGUUGUUUCUACUCUCGGCGGUUUUGGUAGUGAGGAUCAAAUGAAGAAGAUAAAUGGCGAUGCCAAUAUUUUGGCUGUGGACGCUGCAAAGGAAUUUGGAAUUCCAAAGUUCAUCUUGAUAUCUGUGCAUGAUUACAAUCUACCUUCAUUUCUACUUUCUUCGGGAUACUUCACUGGGAAGCGGAAAGCAGAAUCGGAGGUCCUUUCUAAAUACCCAAGCUCAGGUGUUGUAUUGAGACCGGGAUUCAUAUAUGGGAAACGAAGAGUAGAUGGCUUUGAGAUCCCGCUCGACUUGAUAGGAGAACCAUUGGAGAGGUUCCUGAGUGCAGCGGAAAAUUUUACAAAGCCCUUGAGUUCCCUCCCAGCUUCCGACCUUCUCUUAGCACCACCCAUCAAAGUCGAUGAUGUUGCACUGGCAGUGAUCAAUGCUGUCACGGAUGAUGACUUCUUUGGUGUUUUCACAAUCGAGCAAAUCAAGGAAGCUGCAGCUAAAGUAAGGGUGUGAAUCCUUCCUCACUCAAAACUGAUCAUUGCUGCUUUCUAUCGUGAUCCACCAGAAACAUCUGAUGCCUGGUUCGAAUAUAUACUUGGAUGAAACGGUUCAAUGCAGUUGUAUUACUUUAAAGAUUCAACAUGUUAAUUGCAGGUGACCUAACAUUCUACCUGUUACUGAGGUUCAUGUAAAUUAUACUAUGUUGUUGUUACGGCGUUCCUUCUAACAUGAUGAUAGUAUUUUGGCAUCAA